AUUUCCGGUGACGUCAUAAAAUAGCAUGAGAGAUUAUGAAUGAUAUCACCGAUUAAAGUUUAGUUUACUCUCUAAAUUACACUUGUAAUAUAUCUCGAAUAAAAUAAUAUACGAGUAAGUUAUUAAAACAUUGACUCUUUGAUCAAAAACAAUUUUAAAAUGAUUUAUUUUUGUUUGAAUAAAUUUAGUAUGUUUAAUUAUAAUUUGACAAAUCUAAUAAAAGUGUGACCCCGCUGUUGUGUAAUUAACUUGUCAAUUGAAGAAAAAAACCUGUAAAGGUUAAUUGAUUUAUUUUCUUGACAGUUUCGAUUAUUACAAUCUGUACAACUAAACUCUUAAAGAAGAAAUAGAAGAAUGAUUUUAUCAACAAAACACUAGAGUGUUCUAAUAUUUACUCUAUUGUUAGUCUUUCAAACUAAAUAACAUUCGAUAAAUUUUAACUGUCUCUUUUUUUCAUGAAGAUGGCCAAUGUUCAAUUAAAACCUCUUAGAAGUUCAAAGACCCGUACGAACUACGUUUCACCUAUAAACCCAGAAACGAGACCAAGAAUAAAAUCCGCCACGAAAAAUAUUAAAAAAGGGCCCAUUAAUAAAAUUGGCAAGGAUAAACAACAAAAAAAACAACAAGAACCUAUUUUAGCAACAGAUAACAAUACAGAAGAUGAUAUAAAAUUUAUAAAUCUAGAUACUACUCAAAAUACUGAAUGCGAAGAAAGAACUGAAACAACGAAUGAAAUUAACGUGACCGAGAUACUGAAGGAUGCUCAAGAGAAGAACACUGAAAAAGUAUUUGAAAUAGAACUUCGAUCCAGGAGUAUUAAAUAUAUAAGAAAUUUAGAUGCUUUUGUCAAAGUUCGUCUAAUAGAUUUGAGUAAUAAUAGAAUUGAAAAUAUAGAAAAUUUGGACAAGAAUACGGCAGUAUGUUAUUUACCUAAUUUGGAAGACUUAAGAGUUACUCACAACAACUUAAAAAAUAUUCCAGAAUUAUGUAGAUGCUCAAAGUUACAAGAAGUUGAUUUAUCAGACAAUAAGAUUUCUGAUCUAUCGAGGUUGAAAGGAUCUUCUAAACUUCAAAGGAAUUUAAAGAAAUUAGCUUCUUUAGUUGAAUUGAAUGUUCAAUGCAACCCGUGUACAAAGGAAAACAAUUAUAUAACAUCUCUCCAAAAUGAAAUAGAGACAUUACAUAUAUUGGAUGGGGUUCAUUUUACAAAGACGAAUAACACUGCUUCUAUGCCCUAUUUUAGACCGCUUUCGGCGGCAACAAGCGUAAUUAGUUCGAAACAAAUAGAAUCCCAAUUGAAGACUCUUGAAAGUGAUAUAUCAGAAUUUGAAAAAUAUCUAUCAAAUAAUAUGACAUCGUUCUGGGAAAAGAUGAGCCAACUACCAUCCUCACCGCAAGAAAACCAAUCUCCGCCUCCAACUAGUCGAUCAAGCCAACGAUCUAGACUGGCGGAAGCAAGGCAAUUCGCUGCAGAACAUUUUAAAGAGCGUUAG